GAUGUAAAUAUUUCCCGGCAUCACUACGCCCGUUGAGCCCAGCCCCUCAGUCGGUGAAGCCGGGAGCCCGCGCGCGGACGUCCGCCAUUUUGUUAACCCGCCGCCGUCCUUCAAUCAGAAAACGCACAAUCAAUCAGCAAUAUUUACCCACGGAUAUAACCACAAACAAAGAAUUUGCGAGCAACCCGCAAGAAACGAUAAUCAAAAUUCUACCUCUUCUGAUAUUACUUUUUUGUCAUCGGUGUCAGUGUCAGAAUCACAAUAAUAUCAAAGAUGAUAGACGAUAAUUGAGCAAAAUCUGUCGCAUUAACUUUUCUUUUUCAAAACACCUGUGAAAGUGCCACGCUUGUAACCAUGGAGAGGAUUCACUAGCGUUGUGAGCUAACAAGCUCCCCAACCCACGCUCAUCCCAUCAAUGCUAAACUACAGACUAGUUUCAACACAUUUCUUAAAGCAGCCGUAAAUCUUUUAAAAACAAAAUAUAAUAUUGACUGUUUGUGCCGUACCAAUAUGUGCCGCGACCGAGACAUGUCGGUGCAAAGGAGUGACAUCAUCAAAUAGACUGCAGGAACCUUUUAGAUAUAUAUAAGAUAUAAGUUAAGUGUCAAGUUUCCGUCAAAACGGCGCUGGCUUCCGCCCUGCCGUUUCGUUUUGUUUAUUUCCGUUUAUUUUAUAUCAAAGGAUAAGCAAUAACCCGGUGGUUAAGCGUUUGGUUUUGGAUUUCUGGACGGGGUUCAGCCCGUAGGGGCCCCAAGCGACCUGGCCAGCCGCAGUCGGGACAACAUUUCUAGGAUAUUGGACUCCAUAGUUGGUGCUGCAAGAUACUGCAUUAAUCCUCACAUAACGGCCUUUGGAAAUUGGGGAUUUUAUUUCGAGUAAAGUUUUAAGUCAGAAGCGAACAUGGUACAAUUGGAAAGUCUGCAGGGUUACGGGCACGAAAGCGAGUGCUCGAGCGAGCGGCCCGUUGUUAUAACUGGCCCCGGGUGGCGUGCGCAGUGCUGCGAGCGGGAGCGGGAGCGUGAGCGAGCGCGGAACGCGGACGAGAUGGCAGCGCCCGAGUGUGAGCGGGAGGCGCGCAAGCGACGCGAGCGGCGCGACUCUGGCUGCGCUCACGAGCGGAAAGAGAGGCGGCCGCACAGCGAAGAGCGAGCGCCACCACCGCCACCUCCACCACCACUACACGACUAUAACCGCCUUGAGUCCGAGCGACGCGCCGAGCGGUUGUCGCGCGCUCGUCGCCCGCAGUUCGGCGGCAAGCGGAGGCGCGCGCCCGCCCGCCAGCACAAGCAACCCAAAGAGAACGAACUCGAAGACGUGCGGACCGCCACCCCGCCGCACUUGGACUUCACCCUGUUGCAGAAACCACAACUAUGUGAGGAGCCAGAGACCCUAGAUGCGGGCGCACUCGGCGUGUCGGCGGCGGAGAACGCGGCGGCAGCCGAGCGCAUGCGUCGGGACGAGCGCAUCGUGGCGCCGCACUCGCGCCGCGACCAGCCGGCGCCUGACCGCCGCCUCGACAAGAUCAACAAGAAGAUCAGCGUGCUCAAAAAGAACAUUACGAAGCACGAGGCCGAAUACGAAGCAAAGCACGGCUACGCCAUCACGCCUGGCGAGCGCAUCACUGACGUGCAACUCACGCGCAUGUACGAGACGCUGCGGCGGCUCCAGGCGGAGAAGCGGUGCAUCAAAGCGGACCCUGUCGAGUACGCGCUCAAGCUACAGGCCGCUAAGCAGCAGAAAGAGAGAGAUGAUAAGCUGGACGAGGCGCUGAAGAGUGAGAAAGCUAUGACUGAGGUUGUGAGGGAUAUUGAGGAGUGGUUGGAAGGUUGUCGCCAAGCAGCAGGACGGCUCACUAGCGCCGAGGGCUCAUGGACGAGCGCGCAGCUGGCGGCCGAGAAGUCUUGCGUGCAGCGAGCACUGCUACGACUCGAGGCGGCGCGCGGCCGCCCGCCGGCGCACUCCGCCGAGCGCGGCGCCGCCCGGCACCUGUACGAGAGAUAUAGGGCCGUCAAGCGGGCGCUGGCCUCCUCUAGACCGGAUGCGGUCGGUGGAGUGAACGGGGAGUUGGCGACGAUACACGAGCAUGAGGCGAUGCUGUUCAACACCAGCGUGGACAGCUCCAGCGACAGCCAAGAAAAACCUUCCGACUCUUCACAGGAGACAACAGAAACGCCUCUCCAGUCGCCACCUACUCGCGACGGCGAAGAGCCGCCCUCCUCCACCUCGUCCGCCAAGUCUGGCACCACCAGCGAGGAGGCUACACCGUCCAACGAGGGCCUGCACUGCCUCGGCCUCGAAGACUUGGCCAGAGCUCUUGGAGAAGCAAAACUACAGAAAUGUGUAUUGCGAAGGAGCAUAAAAGAGUACGAAAUAAGCUUUGAACUCCAAAACAGUAGGAAGGUCCAGCGCGACGACAAGAAGGGCCGCGAAGAGGAAUAUCUCCGCUACAAGGCAGUGAAGGCAAGAAUAAAACUUAUCAAUGCCCUCAUCAACAAACAAAAGACUUUAAACUUUUGAACUUUGAACUGAAGCUCAAGAAACGCAAAUGCUACAAGCCAAACUUUUGGCAUUGCAAUGAAGAGCGUAGGUAAAAGAGAAGAGUUCUAAGUUUUGGACCCCGACGAGGGUUGUUCGCUCAGUUUUGUUGGAGCAGAAGGAUAUAUACACCAUUUUGAACUCAAGAGCGUCGAGAAUGUACAACAUGAAAUCGGUUAAUACUAACCAGAUGCGCAACACUGAGUUACACUGCGAAACUUAGUAAUGAUAUAUAUUAUAAUGAAUAACUAAGCUUGUUAUGAGUAGGGUCCAUUUUUCUCAGAACGAGGCAUUGUCAGUAACCAGACAGUUUUGUUACUCUCUAUAUACCUACAGGAAAGUAACCGAACGGUAUCUUAAUUCUGCGUACAAUAAGUCUGAUUUAUUUAAAAGGACUGUGUUUCAUUAAAAUAUUAAAUUAGGUAAUACUUUGGUUUGUUGGUUCUUAUAAUAAAUGUAGAGAUGUCAUAGGGACAAGUAUAAUUAAUGAAGUGGAUCAAGGAAUUGUGUAGCCCAAAGGGAGAAAAGGUAUUCAAAGAAAAAGUGCUUCCCUUGAUCGAUGAAAUCCGAUGUAAAAUAUUGGUAGAACGGUUGAGAAUCGACUUGAAAUACUGAAGUUAUUGCACACCCAAUAACUGAAAGACAAUUAAUAAAGCUGUGCGGUGAUAAUGCGCUUGCUAAAAAACCGCAAGCGCGGUAUGCAAACCUUAAAUAUUUGUAAUAUUAUGUUAUUACUCGUAGUUAGUAGUUCGCACGCAUUUAUAGAUACAUUUAUAAUUGAGAGCGAGACACGCUGCGAGUACAAUAACAUAUCGAUAACAAUUUUUUUAUAUCAAUCUCCGCCCCAGGACGGAUCAGCAACUCUAGCGCAUGUAGCGAUCAUGAUCAAAUACCUACACCCUGAUACAUAUGAACAUAGUUUGAUCUAUGACCAAGAUGUUGUAUCUACUUUAUAGAUUACGAUUGAAUUGGGAUAUUAACUAAAGUACCUGACAUCACCGAGUGUGGUGUGCGAAUAGAGGCAAAUUUACUACGUUUGAAAUACAUAUAUAGCAAAACCAAUAAAAAAGGUAUUCUUUGAACCUAUUAUGAUAAAUGAUCUUGUUAUUUAAAAAUUAUACGAAGUGUAAAUAUAUACUACAUUUACGAAUAACAUAUAGCACAAUAUUGCUCUGUGUUGUACAAAGAUUACGAAACGCAUGGGAUACUUUGUGUUAAUAAUACUUGAGCUGCUGUUUGUCGGUUUGUGUCAAGUUAUAUUUGCAUAAGGUGUUUCAUACACGGGCAACUAUUUGAUAUAUAUGACUGUCCGUCAAAAAUAAUGGUUAAAUCUUUCACUGUAACAUCAAAGUAAAGGUCCUGGACAUGAGUAAAUAAUAAAUUCUAGUCCUAAUCCUAAAUUAAAAAAAAUCCCUACCUAAUAUAUAUUAACAUAGGGGGGAGGUUUAAUUGCCACGAUUUAGGCUGCUAGAUACGUUUUGAGAGUCUUCUUUAAAAGAGGAACUUACUUUAGAAUCGCUAAUAAUUAAAUUAUUGAAAGUAAUAAUUUAUUACUAAUAAAAAUAUUGUCUAGUGUUAAGCUACUUACCUGUGAUUUUUUAUUACGAUUGUAAUGUUCUUGUAAGACAAGAAAGUCUUUUUAUUAGAUGUUUUUAAUUUAUUGUUAUUAUGUCUCAUGAUUUGAUUUUUAUGUCGUUUUUAACUGUGUUGUAUUUAGAUAUAUUGACAAUCUUUGUGUUUAUAAUUGUACAAGUCAAAAGUGACCUGAAAGAUUUCUAAGAGGUGUCAAACAGAUGUCUGCACUGCACCUCCUCUGUGUUGUUUCUAAGAUCUUAUAAGCAGGUCAGAAUUAUAUUAAAUUCAAUAUUACAAAGAUCAACUCACUUUUUAUAUAGAAAAACUUUAAAAUGUAUCCGGACUGCAAUUUUUAUACUAUUAAAGAUUAUUAUUAUUAUAAAAUAAUGUGUAGCUUGUGGUAGAUGCCUGCAAGGUAUCGAGGUACCAGUGAAAUUUGUACAUAUACAUAUCUUUAUAAAAAUGAUGGUAAAGUACCACUUUGUUCUGUAAGUCGUUUAAUGUCAAACGAAUUAUUUUAAGUUUAUGUACUUACCUACUACAAAAAGGUCCUUCCAGAUAUCUAGAACAUAGCCCUGGUACCUACCUAGCUCGAGAGAAAACUUUGUAUGGUUGAACGCUGAUGUACCUUGCCUAAUGUUAUUAAAGUAAUCAAACAGUAAUUAGGUAGAUUUCUGUAAAUUGCCAUGAUUAUCCAUAUGCGAAUAUGUUUAAAAAUAAAAUACUGAUCUAUC